UGGCUACUGAGGAACGAAGGAGAUUUAAACAUUUAAACCUCAAGCUCAUGAAAAAGAUUAGCAAUUAUAACGACGUUUAAUCGUGAAAAGUAUGGAUAUUAUUCAGCAAAACCUGAGAAACAUUGUGAAAGUCUUUAGACGAGAAUGCCAUCGAGCUGUGGAGUCUGAAAGGACAACAAUCUGCUCUGCUGAUGAAAUGAUCAGGAUACUGCAGCUCUGCCUGGCGCAAAUAAACAAGCAGGAAUAUGGUGAGUUUACAGUUGCACUGAGUGAUCUGCUAUUAGUGUGGAAGCAUUUGAUAAAGGAUAAACUUGGCUUACUCGAUGAUAACUCUUCAGUUCCUGACAAUUAUGAAGCAAUUCAAAGACUAUAUAACUCCUUCCUGAAAAACAGCAAUACUGUAGACUUGAUUGAUGUUUAUACCAUGUAUGACAAGCUGAAAAUGGAAAGUGAUCCAGUAUGUCUUCUAAGCUCUCUUCAGAUCUUCCAGUUUCUGUCUUGGGACACUAACAUGUGCACUAACAUGAAAGAUACAAAUAUUCUUGAAACUCCAUCUCCCGCCAACAGGGCUAGUUCAGAGACUACUGCAAAGAUUAAGCGACUGAUUUGUGCAUAUUUAUCCUUGCUGGUAAAUUCAAAGAAUGAUAUGGCUUUGGCCUAUGUACUAAACAUUCCUGAACGAGGACUUGGAAAGGAGGCAUUCACUGAUCUAAAGCAUGCUGCAAAUUCUAAGAAGACAUCCCUGUUCUUGGCAGCAACUUCAUUUAUUAGAGCGAUACAGCUUGGCGGAAAAGGCUAUGCACCACCAGAUGAUGACCCCUUAAGGAAGCAUAUUAAAGGGCUUUCUGACUUUGUCCAUUUCAUGGACAUUUUAGAUGAAAUACUUGGAGAAACAAAAGAACCAAGUCUUGCCGGGAGUUGUAUCAUUUCAGCAAUUAAAACCCGUUUAAUAAAAGGCAGAAGCAGUGGGGAUCAGUUUUGCUGUGCUGCAGAGGAAACUAUACAAGAACUGAAGAUGCAGAUUAAAGAUGUCAUCUUUUCAGAAAAAUGCGAGCGCAACAUAAGCACCACUGGGAUUAGCCCAGCACGGCCGAAAGCUUAUGCAAUUAACCAUUCUACGGCCUAUGGCGGCAGAGAAACUGUGAAAGUGUUGCUUAUGCUACUAGAUCAAGAAGCAACAAUUUUUCCUAAGAAAAACAAAGUAAACUUCUUACAUGUUGUUGAAGAUGAUUCUGAACUUGCUGGGCAGGCAUCUGUUUUAGCACUAUAUAAGUCACCUGAGCCUUCAGCUGGAACACUAACUAAAUCUCUCCGACAUCGUGUGGAGGAGUGCAGAAAAAAAGACCAGUCAAAGGUUAAAAUGAAUAGUCUCAAAUCUCAGUUUGCCUGCACAUACAAUGACAAUUCAGAGAAUUCUACCACUUUGAAAACUGCAAUUGUUUCAUCCCAUUAUGUCGAUGAAAAUUCAACAGAGACUGGAGUCUUUACUGCGGAGAAUGAAAGCUUAAUAAUAAAAAGACUUGCAUUUGGCCCCAUUUCUGGAAACGCUCAGCAGAGAGGAAACAUGAGGAAUAAGGGCAGUGGGAACAGUAACGGUCAGCCAGGAAACAAGAGCUGCAAGAGGAAACAGGUGGAUGUAAACAGUGUAAGCGGUAACUGUAGUCAUGAAAAUGAGCCACCUCAAAAGAAAGCCAUCAGGGGACCAGAGGCAUCAGAGAAACCACAAAAUAAAUUUGACGGCAAACCAGGAGCACCAGGGAAAAGCAGCAAGACCACAGCCAAGAAAAAGUUGAUUGCAGGCCAGGGAAAGCUCACCAACUUCUUCAGAUUGUAACAUCAUAUAUUGAGUUGAAUUUAACAAAACAAGGCUUCUUUUUAAUUAUUGCUUUUAUUUCUAAAUUGUGGACUCUGUGUUUAUUUUUUACAUUUUGGUGAGCAUUUUAUAAUAGAUGCUGUGUUUUUAUGUACAGAAAGUGAAGAAAAAACAAGCUUUUGGGUUCUGUUAUGGGAAUAGAAUGCUUUCUAUUUGCUCGACAAUUUCUUCUUUUUUUUUAAUAUACCUGCUGUUUGCUAAUUAAGCAUAGCAGUAUGGUGGAAAACCACUGUGCUUGUAAAUAUUUACUUUUUCAUUAUUCCUGCAUCAUUCUUGAUGUUUUGAAUUAACACAGUUUCAAUUUUUAUCUUGUUUUUCCUCAAAGGUUUGUUUGAAAUUUAACUGAUUUUCA